AUGUCAAGAAAAUGCAUUUUUGAUGGGAUAUGCGAAGAUUCCACUGUGGAAGAGAGCACACUGGAAGAAGUACGUGAUUCUGCUGGGUCAAGCCAUCGUGCUGAAUCAAUAUUCACCCGCCCAAGUGCAGAAAUCGAAACCUCGGUGGAAUUAGAUGCUACUAAUAGAGAAUUACCGGAAAAUAGUGGAAAUCAACACACUAAAAGGAAGAAUCGUAAAUCUAGAAAAAACACAGGACGCCUUCGCUGUCGACGUAAUUUGGUUAACUCAUUUGAUAUCACAAAUAAUGAAACUCUUGAGCUCAGUGUAGCCCCAGCUAUUGAUGUCAAUGAUGAUCAGGAUGUUAAUUCUGCGGUAAAAGCUGAUUCCCAAACAAAGGCGAAGAAAAUCGUUCCUCGACAUCGUCGCCAACUUGUUAAUACUUCAGAACAGUCCACAGCAGCGAAUACCACAUUUGAGUUGAGCUUAGCCUCUUUUGUUGGUAACAAGAGUGUCGUUUCGGAGUCACUUGACGCUGGGGUUAAUGAAGUGGGUAAACGAAGGGUUCUUCGGUCUGGAAGGAAAUUGGAAGAGCCAACUGAAGGAGUGAAUCAGUCCCAAUUUGAGUUCAGCGUCGGACAGAAGCCGAAUGAAGCACCGCCUAAUGCUGCUAAGAAAGGAGAAAAGAUUAAACCAAAAGCUCAUCGUGCACGCAAGGCACUAGUUGUUUCAAAUAUGGAUGAAAAUGAGGAAACAUUUGACCUAAGCGUUGCCUCUGCAAUAAUGAAAUCAAAAUCAAGCGAUGAAUCAGUCUCCGUUGCCCCUGACCCAAAUAUUAAAAAGAGGCCUCUUCGAUCACGUCGGGCGCUGGUUGAAUCAUUUGGAUCAGGAAAUAACGUCACAUUUGAAUUGAGCGUCGCAAAUCCAAUUGAGAAAAAGCCAACUAUAGCAAAUUCAUUGAGAGCUAAUAUUGCCUUUAUUUCGAAUUUAGAUUCCCAAGAGCAUGCCGAAGAGUCUACUGCAUUGGAAAACAGGCCGUUUAUUCAAGAAACAAGAACAUCAAAAGUAGGCGAUUUGGAAUCUUCUGCUCAUCUUCGUAGGUCAACGAUAUCGAUUUCUGAUACGAUACAAGCCGCUGAAUCUGUCGAGCAAUCGUCUAUUCAUCCCACAAAGCCUCCCAGGCGUAAAGUGACUUUGCGUGGACGUCGUGGUUAUCAAAAGAGCAUCGGAGAUUCCGUGAUGCAUGUCGAUUUCGCUGGUGCUGCCGCAAAAUCCCAACAGCGUCGGCAACCGUUGUCUUCGGGUGGGAGAUCUAGUAAGAAUACUCGAAGAGGAGAAAUUUCAACAGAUCCUAAGGACACCAGUAAUGAUGAUGCACAAGAUCGUACCUCAGUUCUUCAUAACACUGUUUCUGAGAUUCAAAAUCAAGAAGAUACCCUAGAGGCGUUUGAAAAAUCUCACAAUGAAGAUUCUACGCAUGAUAUUUCGAAAAGCAUCCCAAGUGCUUCUUCCGCCGCCCGCCUUAAUGUUCCAUCAGCAACUCAUAGUAUUCAGAUGGAGGAUCAAAGUAGCAAAGACGAUGUCACGAUCCCUCUUUCUAUAAUGGAAUCGGCAGUUUCGCUUGAAGAGACCUUGAUCCAAAGCCCGAAAGUACCAAACCGAAAGAUUAUUCUUCGUGGUCGCCGUGGAACACAAAAUGUUGGAGAUUCUGUGAUUCAAGUUGACUUCGCAGGAGUAUCGGCUAAAACAAGUCAACCACGACAGUCAUCUUCAAUUCCUGUUCAACCGGUUACCGUAAAUGAACAGGUAGCACUUUCUACCAACGCUGCUGAUGGAACUGUGCCACUUAACGAUGAUUCUAUGUCAACAACCAUGAAUAACUUCAAAGAUGCUCCUGGCAUUAGCCAGGACAUUGAUCCAUUGAAAUCUUGCGUCGUUGAAACAGAUGAUCAAGUUAGGGAAGAUGACACUACAAUUCCCUUUUCUUUGAUGGAAAAGACGAUUUCUCUUGAAGAAACCGUGACUAAGAUCUCAGAAGCACCUAAGCGAAAGAUUAGACUUCGUGGUCGCCGUGCUGGAACUAGUGUUGGAGAUUCUCUGAUUCGGGUUGACUUCACGGGAGCAUCCGCUCAAGCCAAUCAGCUGCAGGGUACAGAUGGUGCUAUUGCUACUAAAGUGGAACGAGUAGAAAUUUCUGCGGAGGCCUUAGAUGCAGUCACCCCAGUGCAAGUUGACACAGAAAGUUGUCAUGACCAAGAAAUGGAAGAAGUUUCAAUGACAGCCAAUAAAUCUGAAACUGCUGUUCUUAUUGGCCAAAGCUCCGCACGAAGAACAACAAGGUCUGUGUCAAGUACAUCUGUUCGGACUAGCACUGACGUCAUUUCAGCAACGAAGACUGAGGUUACCCACGUCGGGUCGGCCAACUUAGCGAUGGAUAAUGCUUCCAUAAUGGAGGCGGUUUCGAUGAAUUUAACUAAACCGGAUGAAUCUGUUUCAAUGUUGCAAUCUACAAUGAGUCCUAGUCAGACCAGGGAAUCAGUCUCAUCUAAGGCUUCCAAAGGGAAGGUGGAAGUGUGUGGACGUCGAGCAACUAACGCGGUUUCAAGCUCAAUGAUGGAAAUCGAUUUUGCCGAGGAAUCGAAACCGUCUUAUAGCACUGGGGGAGUUCCACUAGAAAAAGAUGAAACGAUGAACAUGAGUUCUGGGCAAUUUGAAGUCAUUCAAGAUACAGAGGGUUCUUCAGCCAGUCGUGUAAAUAGAACAGACUCGUCAGUGCAAAAUGCUAGUGUAUCCAUGGCAGUUUCAAAUACUUUAGUAAGGAGUAAUGAAAGAGCAGAUGAAGGCCAUUUGGAGGAAGUAAAAAUUGUAGAGGAAGAUCAACCUGUUGAAUCGACGGAUAAGGUACUAAAUAUCAGCCAACCUGCUCCACAAGUUAAUCUCUGUACUAAUGUUCUUUAUUUUCCAUAUCUGGCAGCUCAAUCUGUUUCUUUGUAUUGUGACGCCUCUACUGCAGAGCCUGCUAAUCCUUCAGCUGAACCAGAAAUUGCAAAUGCUUUGAUAUUUCGUUUUCUAGAAUCCCUUAUCGUGACGUCCCAUCAGCAGCCGGCCAAGAGUAGGGCUCUUCGUUCGCGUCGGACUCUCGUUGACUUGAGAAAUGCUACAGCAAACGAAACCACAUUUGAAAUUAGCGUCGCGUCGGCUGCUGGACAGAAAUCAAGCAUAGAUGAUCGUGGCACUGUUAAGACGUCUAUGCCUGGUCGUGAAUCCUUACCACAAGAAGCGACUAUAGAUAAAUCUAUUAUUUCUGCAACUUCAAAUGAUCUUCAAAAUUCGCACAUAUCCAGAGAGUUGACCUUGCAAACAGAAUACAAUGAAAUCGUGGAAGUAAUUGUGGAUUCAACUCAAGAUCUCCAAAGUCAUUCUCGACUGCCUGUUCCAAUGGGAAAAAGUGGAGAAGACUCGCCAGUAGCAAUGGAAAUUGAAGAUUCUCUCAGUGUGACUAGACAAUCAAGAACUAAAAGUCGUAAGAGGGCAUCUCGUUCUCCCACCACCCCAAUGAGUUCCAACAGUAAUGCUGUUGAAGAACCCGCUUCCUCUUUGAGAAAAAGAGCAAGAUCGAAAAGAAUGAGCAAUUCUCUAUCAGGUGGGGCGAGUGGAGACUUCCUGGUGCCAUUGUCUGUGUCUCCACGUCGUGUCUGGCCUUCGCCUUUACGUCGAUCAGGCUCUAUCGGGUAUACUUGUCCGUCAAUUUCUUGUGUGCACCUUGGAGAAACCAAGUCAAAGAAUUCUUGCAGUAAGUCCUGUCAGCCUCACAGUCAAAUUUCGCGACGUACUACUGCUCGUACUGGUGAUACAACGUCAUCUACAACUUCAUGUGGCACACAACGAAAAAUGAUAACCCAAGAGGAGAUUCGUGAGAUGGAAAUGAGACUUAUGGACAUUUCUGCAAAUGAUGUAAGUGUCGAUCAGGAGCUUAUUCCGACUAAGACUGGCUCUGUGAAUCCAGCACCUUCAAUUCAUGUACCUGAAGACCUCACGCUCUGUGAAGAAAAUGUCAAUGUUACUGUGCUGCAAGACAUGCUAAUGGGGCCACAGGUGUCUGAAGAACGGUCUCCUUGUAAGACUCCUACUAGUAAAUCAACCGGUCGGAGUAAGAGUCGUCGAAGCGUUCAGUUUGCGCCUUUGGCUGAGGUGUUCGAGGAGCAUUCAGAGGAUAAAUGGCGUCGUGUAUCAUUAGGUAUUAAUGACGCAUCUCCAAGUCUGCCCCACUCGCCACAUCCUUCAAGCAAUGAACGGAACUGUCCUCCAAUGGCUCUUGAUGAUUUGUCUCCGAUUCCGUUCCGUUCAUCUGGUCUCAAUUUAAACGAUACCUUCAUAGAUAAAUCUUUGGAAAUGGUUGGGUCUCCCGAAUUUCCUCAAAAAACGAGACUAGAGUUGACACAGCUCGAAGUCAACGAACCAGCCAAGUCGAGAGGUGCCCACCCCUCUCUUACUCCACUAGCCCUUGAAACCAUAAUGUCUUGGAAAGAUGGAAGCCUUUGGCUCUCAACUGAUCCUGACGACUUAGUGGCCGCUACCGAAAAAACUUUCGGGGAGAAUUUGGUUACCGGAGGUCAGACACUCACACCCGAACAAUUUAGAGCUACACUUACCCUCCUUGUGGGAAAUGGUUCGGAGUUUGACGUCAAUCGUACCUCGUGCGAAAGGACUUGUGCAAUUGACCCCUCAAUGGUGAAUCAGUCGCAAUGGUUGCCCCCUCCAGAAGAAGGGAUGGAAUACGACAUGGAUGCACUCAGCAAGGCUUUGCACUAUAUGCUCCUGGGAUGGACUGAACCCUCCGAUCCUAUCUUCAUUCCUCUGCCCAAAGUAGCAUACCAACGCCGUUGCACAGAAGAAACCGGUAAAGGUGUGCGUCGAGGAACCCGAAUCCGUGUUCAUACACCUAUCGAUUCGUGGGAUAGGGUGUACAGGGAGGUGCGGGUUAAUCCUGUCACAGGUAGGAAAGAAGAGUUACCUCUUGGGUACUUGAGGUACCCCAAACCGGAGGAAUUCCGCAGAAGGCAGAAACUGCUGAAAGCCCGUAGAUGCGGGUCUUCAGAUAGUCCAUCCAAGCUUCUUGCCAAAAAGAGGGCGCGAGAGGCUAGGCUAAAGAAGCUUGCUGCUAAGCGGAGACGUGAGGAAGGCAAGAGUAUGUGCAUUGUUUCGCGUUGUUCAUCUGAUUGA